AUGUCUAAGCUCACCCCUUCGUCCGCGGAUGAGGGUUAUUUCCUCUCUGUCCCUCCGCUUCCUAAUCCGGCGGACUCAGAUGCUGUCUUUCAGCGGAUUCUCCAAUGGUAUCUCCCUUCUGACGUCCUUUCCAAAGUCAGUCCAAGUCUCAGUCGGUUCGGCGCAGACGCAGUCUCAGAGCAAAUCAAUGGAUGGAUCGGAAAUGCAGAGACCCAGCAACCAUAUGUCAAAGGACGGAAUGUAUGGGGUUCCAGAUAUGAUCGGGACCGGCUCAUCACCAGUGAGGGCUGGAAGCAGUUAGGCAAAUGGGGUCUCCAAAACGGCAAUUACAUCUUUUCGGCUGCGUCGGCAACCUACUCCUGUCCCGUGUCGAUGACCUCGGGAGCAUGUCGGCUCGUUCGACACCAUCUAUCUGUUCCUUCGGAUCAUCCAUUCCAUUAUCUCUACGCCAGGCUCACGUCUCGGGAAGACCCCUGGAUCUCUGCGCAGUGGAUGACAGAACGAGUUGGAGGAAGUGACGUCCGCAACAGCGAGACGAUUGCUGUAUACUCUCCUCUCCCCUCCAAGGAAGGAAGAUUUGGGCGUAUAGAUCAGGGCGACUACCUUCUUUCCGGGUUCAAAUUCUUCUCCAGUGCGACGGACUGCAAUGUCGCUCUUAUUUUGGCCAAAACGGAAUCCAGCCAGCUCUCGCUGUUUGUUGCCCCGACAGUCAAAACAAUUAUUGGCGAGGAUGGCAAGGAGAAAGAGGUCACCAAUGGUAUUCGGAUCCACCGAUUGAAGAAUAAAUUUGGCACGAAGGAACUUCCAACGGCCGAGCUGGAGUUGAAGGAUGUUCGAGCACACAUGAUCGGACCCAAGGACCGCGGUAUCGCAACAAUUGCCCUCCUGCUGAACGUGACGCGAACUCAUAACUUUAUCACCGCACUAUCUUGCCUGCGUCGGGCGAUGGACAUUGCCAAGGCUUUCGCUCGUUCGCGCAAGACUAUAGAUCAACCGUUGUGGACCUUCCCAAUGCAUUUACGCAUGCUAGCUCAGCUAGAAGUGAAACACCGGGGUUGGAUGCAGCUGGCAUUCUUUACAACCUCGCUCCUGAGCUAUGGCGACCACGGGUUCCCGGCCAACGUGUCAGAUCACUAUUCACUUCUCGCAAAGUCGCCAGAACUAACAACUCUCGUGCUUCGGGCAUUGACCUCGACAUCAAAGGCUGUGAUCUGCAAAUCGGCCACCUUGGCUUUCCAGGAAUGCCAGGAAGCUAUGGGAGGCGUGGGAUACAUGGACGAGCCGGAAGAACCAGAGUUCAAUGUCAGUCGCUUGUGGAGGGAUACCGCGAGUAACUCGGUAUGGGAAGGCACCUCCAAUGUCCUUGCAAGUGAGACUGUCAGACAUCUGACCCGCGGUCACAAUCUCGAGUCCUUUGGCACUUGGAUACGCGAUGUUAUUGGAAGAGUGCGGCAGGACCCAUACAGAAGCACGUUGAUGGAAGCCUGGAAAACACUGUGUGCCAAGAUGGAUCCAACUCAAGUACCUGGCGGGCUGAAAACGGUCCUGGCAGAUGGGCGGCAAAUUAUGUUCACCUUGGCUUGGAUUAUCAGCGGAGUCUUGCUGGCGCUUGACGCACAGAGAGACGAGGACUCCAUUGCCCACGAGGUGGCGAGGCGGUGGAUUCUCCAAGGUGAAGGCAUGCCGGCCGAGUUCACCUUUCCUUCGAUUGUUCAUUCAUACUGGCGUCUAGUCCCUCACAGCGUCCAUCAAGCAGGUUUGGACAGAAGCGACUGGGACUGCCGGAUUGUAUGGGGGAUUGGGCUUCCCGGUGAUGCAUCUGUAGGAUAUCGGGUGACGGCCAAGAUUUAA